AACACACUUGCCAUGGCUGUCAAACAUGGAUGUAUUAAAGCACAGCUGCCGUAGUUUAUGUAGAGUUGGCUCUUUUCUUUGUAGCUGUAGUGUUGCGUUUUAGCAGCCAUUUGUUUACGGAUAAUUGGUUUCCAUAUUGAUGAAAGCUUGGUCUUCUUCCUUUGGUCACCCGCAGAUGUAAUGCAAUGUCAGAUAAGCGUCAACGUGCCAGAGUCCAGGGCUCCUGGGCAAAGCAACUGCCAAAACCAUCUAGACCAACAGGUGCAGUCCCAAACAACCAACAACCCAGAAAUGUCAAUUCGGCCCCUAGUUCUUGGGGAUGUGGGCCACAGAAAACACCUAAGACAUUUGAGUUUCACCAGCCCACCAAGCCAGUUAGAGAUAUUCCACCAGAGAAUGUGAUGGAGCAGGCAGGUGAUCAUGUGAUCAGCAUUGGACCAUCAGGAGUGUCCAGACUGCGGCUGCUGCCUGGGUUUCUUCCCCCAAAAGAGGCUGACUGGAUGUUCAGUAAGCUGUUAGCAGAGCUUCCCUGGUCCCAGAAGACCAACUACAGACAGGGUGAGGCAUACGAGGAGCCCAGGCUGACUUGCUGGUAUGGAGAGUUGCCCUAUACAUAUGCUCGCUCCACCAUGGCUGCUAACACACAGUGGCAUCCAUUGCUGUUAACCCUUCGCAAGGCAGUGGAGCAGGUGAGCGGAUGCAGCUUCAACUCACUGCUGUGUAACCUGUAUCGGGACGGCCAUGACAGCAUCGGCUGGCACAGUGACAACGAGGCCGCCUUGGGCACCAAGCCCACCAUCGCCUCCGUCAGUCUGGGCGACACCAGAGUGUUCGGCCUCCGCAAACAGCCUCCACCGGAGGAAAAUGGGGACUACACUUAUGUGGAGCGGAUUCGGGUUCCUCUGAGUCACGGGACACUUUUGGUGAUGGAUGGAGCCACACAAGACGAUUGGCAGCAUCAAGUGGCUAAAGAGUACCAUGACCGAGGCCCGCGCAUCAACUUGACCUUCAGAACUAUGUACCCAGAGCCAGAGGGCCACAGGCCGGGAACCAAGCUGCGAUUCACACACAGCCAACCGUAAACUUCCCUCAGAGUCAGUUUCCAGUGACGGCUGGGCAAAAAGUGAAGAUCGAUUAGACGGACCAAACGCAGCAUCACCAGGGAAGAUACCAAGAUUCUACUGAUGUCUUUGGGACACGAAAGCUUGAGAGACAGUACUUCACCUUAAGAUUACCUAAUAUACUGACAAAAUGACUGUGUAUGUAGAUUCUAUUUGAUAACUACCCUUUUUUGAAAGAUUUACACUCACUCUCUCACACACACACACACACACACACACACAUACACACUCUUAGAAGAACUGUGAUGUCAAAACACUCAUGGGUCAUUUGUAGCAUUGGCUAAGUGUGAGAAAGUAUCCUACUGUAGCUUUCAGUGACAAGUCCCAGCAAACAUGGCUGCUGCAACAAGCAGGCUUAAUAUGUAUGAGCUAAUUUUUUGCCAGAAUUCUGGUAAUUGUUUGCUUCGAGCUUCAGUUUUCUGUAUAAUUAACAAUUUUCUUGUGGAAAUAAAAGAUAACAAAUUCA